AUGUUACCAUACGUCGCGUACAAAUACGUCAAGAAUAAACGAGAUCAAAAUAAACGUGAAAUGGACUCAACUUUGGAAUCGUUGGCUUCGCAUCUAUCGCGUUCUAUGAUACCGGAUCAGGUUGUGCUUCGUAUAAAUGGUGUGUCUGCGAAAUUGGCUGAAGAUUCUGACGAAUUUAUUCCUGGAGCACUUACCAUCGUUGAAAAGGCUGUUGGUGUAUUCAUAGAGUGGUGUCCAGUUGAAGAUUCUAAUUAUCCAGACACAUCUGGUUGGGUUUUAGCUGAGGAUGGAGGCGAAACGCAAACGUUACAUUCACCGUCGGGCAGUCCUGAUAGGGUGGGUAAUACAUUAUUUGUUCAGCUACUGUGGGGCUUUUGUUCUGCUCAUCUAUGCGGGAGUGAUGAAAAGUUUAUAAGAGCAACGUUGUCUUAACU